AAUGUGUAUUAUCGUCUAAAUGUGAACGGUUAAUGUAUUGAAAGUAUAAAAAGUGUUGAAAAUAUUUGAGAAACAAAUAAAUGACGAUUUGGUGAUAAAUUGCGUUCGAUUUAUUUUUGCAUUGAUCCAAAAAAGGGAUUCCAAGAAUUCUGUGAACAAUCAAAAAAAUCAAUCAAUUUGAAUGUGUAGCAAAGAAUUGUGGUCAAAAUGUCAUGGUUUAAUAUAAAUGUGAACGAUAGUUUGAAUAGCCUUAAAGGGCAAAUAUCAAACGUUUCAAAUGUAAUGCACGAUGUAUUCACCGAAGGUAUACUAGAAGAAUCAACAUCAAACAGUGAGCUUGGUGAAUCAAGCGCCAAAGAACCCAGCAUCGAUGAUGAAAUUCUAGUUGGUCUUGAAGAAGCCAAUAAGAAAAUUGAUGAAUUAAAUUCAUUGUGCGAAACAAAGGAUAAUGAAAUUGUAAAAUUACAACAAGAGCUUGAACAACUUAAAGGAACGCCAACUCAAAGGAACGAUGCAGCAGGUGCAGCAUCAUCGACACAGAAAUCGAAAAACGAUCAGCAUGGAAAUGCACAGCAAUCUAGUCUGGAGGAUAGUUGGUUCUGGGAGUCGGAGAAGGCUGUUUCGUCGGAUUCGUCAAAGGAAAAUGAUGGAUCGGCCGGACGUUUGAAGAAAACAUCGAUCGAAACAAAUGAAACACCCCGAAUUGUGGAUAGCUUACGUCGUUCACUGGAUGAAAAAGAUGGCGAAAUUCAGCGAUUGCUUGAUGAGAAUUUGUCAUUGAAUGAAAAGAUCAAGCAUUUGCACCGUGAAGCAAUUGAGCAAGAUAAGCGUCUCGAUGAAUUGGACCAACAGCACACGGAAGCCUUGCAAAAUUUGGUACUCAUCAAAAAUGGACUCCAAGAAAAUGUCACAAUGCUCAAGGCUGAAUUGGAUGCUGUCCGCUAUGAAAAGUUGGCAACCGAUGAAAAAUUUGCCAAUUUAACAAAAGAACACAAUGAAUUGGAGACAACAAAACAGGAAUCAUUGCAGCGUCUCGAUGAAUUGCAGGCACAACUCAACGCGAGCCACGAAGAAAACGAUCGCUUCAAAGCCGAAAUCGAUGAGCUGCAAGCUCAAUUAAUCGCCAAAACAUCGGAAAUCACCGAAUCACUUGAGGAGAAAGAGACACACAGUCGUGAAGGUAGCGAUAAAUUUGAGUUGAUCGAUUUGGAAAAGGAGAAAAUGACCAGUUCCAUGGAGAUAAAUCGUUUGCAAACCGAAUUAGAUGAAAUCAAUUCUCGGUUAUCGAUUUUAAAUGACAUCAAAGAUCAGUAUGAUGAAAAUGUUUUGAAAUUGGGUUCGGUAGUUACCGAAAAGAAUAGCUUAGAAGAGCAGGUAAGCCGAUUAAAAGCUGAAAAUGAAAGUCUAUCGAAAGAGAUGCGUGUCGCACUCGAAGCUGUUGAAAAAUUGGAGGUACUUCAAAAAACCAUGGAUGAAAUUAAUGUCGAAAAGGAACAAAAUGAGUUGGCAUUCAACACUCUGCAAGAGGAUGAUAUGAUGUUACAGAAAGAAUUCGAUCAAUUGCGCGUGGAUAAAGAACAAUUGGAGGAAACACGAUCGAAUCAAAACGAACAAAUCGAAACACUCGAGGAAAAGUGUGCCCAGCUCAAUGCAAAAUUGGAGCAAUUGAAUGGUGAUUACAAAAAUUUGCAAUCCAACCAUGAAACGUGUGAGAAUCGAAUAAGCGAAAUGCAUAAAAUGCACGAUAUGUUGAAAUCGCAGGCGGUUGACUUGGAAUCGAGCCUGGUAGAAGAGAAUAUGAUGGCACAGAAGCAAGUGAUUGAUUUGCAAUCGGCUUUGAAUAGUAAAAAUGCAUGUGAAUCCGGUGCAAUCUCCUUCGAUGAGCUCAAAAAAAUCAUUUCGAAAACAUUGAGCUAUGAACCAUCAAUUGCCAACAAUUCACUGAGUUUGUAUCUUGAUGCAUUCCUUAAGUCGGUCAAAGAAACCUACCAGCAUUUGUCGGACAUUGAAGUGAAUCGCGAAAAUUUGAUGAAACAAUUCGAAACGGUGUCGACGGAAAAGGCAACAUUACAACAUGAAUACAAGACGCUGAAGGCCGAUUUGCAUCACUAUGAACAAGAAGUCGCCGAAUUAAUGAAAAACAAUGGCAUUCUCUUGAAUCAACUGGAGAAUGUAAAAGCGGGAAAAUUGGAAACAAUUUCCGAACACAAUGAAGACAGCAUUUUGCAUUUGGAAACACAACUAGAGGAUACCAGUAAAUUGAAUCAAAGUUUGCAAGAUGAUUUCAACAAUCUAUCUCAUAAAUUGGACGAAAGUGAAGAAGAAAAGUACGAAUUGCUCGAUACCAUAAAUCAAUUGCAACAGCAAUUAGAUCAGAUGCGUACCGAUGACUCAAAGCUCGAGAUACAAAAGGGCUUUGAAGAGAAAUUCAAAGCGCAAGGCGAUCGAAUUGUUGAGCUUACAAACGAAGUGGAAACAUUGAGGGCCCAAGGAGAACAAACACAAAAAUUAACCGAAGAAAUUGCAGAAUUGCAGCAACGUAAGCAACUGGAUGCCGAGGAAUUGGAACGACUUCGUCGAGAUUUUGAUGAUCUGGAAGAAGACUACAAGUUGGCAGAAACCAGUGCUGAGAAUGAGAAAAAUAAAUUGGAAGCGCAAAUUGAUGAACUGAAUAAAACAAUCGAUGAUUUACAGCAACGUCUUCAAGUGGCCAGCAUCGAUGUGAAGUCGAACGAUCAAUUGAUCGAAUUGCAACAGAAGAUUGAGGUUUUAACGAAAGAGAAACAUGAAUUGGUGAAUGCAAUUCAAUUGAAGCACAACGAAAACAUUCAAUACCACGCAAAAAUCCAGGAACUCAACCAAAUGCUAAUGACACUACAACAAACGAUCGCCACACAAAGUCAGCAAUUGAACAAUUGUGCAGCGUGCACACAAUUGAAUGAAAAAGUGCAGGCAUCGCAUAAUGAAAUCGCAACAUUAACCGAUCAAGUUACAUUCCUGAAAGAAAAGUCAGACAUUCUCACACACAAUUUACUGACCGAACAAACAAAUCAGAAAAUUUUACAACAAGAAAAAAUUCAAUUGCAUGAAGAAAAACAAACGUUGAACAAGGAUUUGAAUCGUUUGCGCGAACAUUUAAUUGAAAUGGAAAACGGACACACAGCCGAAAUGAUUGAAUUGCAAAAUUUACUGGAGUUAACGAGACAAGAGGUGGCCAAUAUGCAAGAGGAGGCACGAAAAUCGAAUACGGCUUACACCUCGGCAAGCAUUCGCGCUAAUCAACAUACCGAAACCAUACAAGCACAAUACGAAGUAUUAAAACAACAGAAAGAUGAACUCUCGGCCAGACUCAGUGAAGCCGAAGAUCGAGAAUCCAAAAACAAAGCUGCUUUAACCAAUUUGCAAUGUGUGUUAGAGCAAUUCCAAAAAGACAAAGAACGCGAUGUAGAAGCUAUGACAAAUCGAAUUCGAAACGAAUUAAAUGAUGAAAUUGGCAAACGACAGUCACUGCUCAAUGAAAUCGAAUCGCUUAAAACGCAAUUGGACGAGUCAAAAGCGGGUCUAUUGGCGGCCGCUCGAAUUUCCGAUCAAUUGGAAAUCGCUCAAGUGACAAAUGCUACAAUCAAAGAAGAGUUACGUAAAACUCAAGAUAAACUGCAUUCGACCGAAUCAAAACUGCAAGAUAACGAAUCGAAUCAGGCGGAUCGCGUUGAUAAAAGUUUGUUGAAAAAUCUACUCAUCGGAUACAUAAUGGCGCCGAACAACGACAAGCAGCAAAUUUUGAAAUUAAUUUCGUCGGUGUUGGAUUUCAAUCAACAAGAAUCAGACAGAGUCGGUUUGAAUCGAACGAAUACCGGAUGGCUCAAUUCCAUUAUACAUGGAAACCAAUCACCGAACAAUAAUCAAGCUGGUGGCAGUUAUAGUAAAGAGAGUUUGGCUCAGGCAUUCGUCAAAUUCCUUGAGAAUGAAUCGAAACCGCGUACGGAUGACAAUGCACCAUCAUUGCUUAGCAUGAACACACCGCCAAAGAAAGCAGCGGGCGAAGAGGAACCAGUUCGAAAAUCAUCAACCGUUCAACCCAUUCUACUGCCAGACGCAAUGCUUCAGACAUUCAAUGCGCCACGCAACUCCAGCUCAAUUCUCAAAGACAUUUUGAACGACUCUUGAUACGAUCUUUUUUAAUUUCGUGCAAUCAAACAGAUUAAUAGACAGGUCAAAUAGAAAGUUUACUUGUUAAGCAUUAUUAGAUUAACGGAGAAUAAAAAAAUGUGAGGAAAAGAAUAACAGAUUUAUUUGCCACCCA